AUGGCGCCGGUGAAGCGCAAGCGACCCCACGACGAGCCCGAACCACCUCCGCUCCCCACCGCUGCCGCCGCCGCAGUAGCACCCGCCGAGCCGACGACGCGUCGCGCAACGCGUCAAACUCCGAUCUUGCCCCCUCCGAUCCCGACCUCCGCCACCACCUCCCAACCGCAAUCGCAGCCUUUGGCCCCCGCCGCCGUCGCCGAGGAGAAGCUUCCCGGCGGACGACGUCCUUCGACUUCGAGACCACACCCCCCAACCAAGAUCUCCGAGACCCCAAUACCCAUACCGAAGCCCCCAUCCUCCUCGACGCACCCUCCUCCACACCAACCACCACCUGUCCAACCGACAAAUCAGCAGCCGUCAAGCUCGGCGCACCCAGAACCCCGCGUAACCCGUCAAAGACGUGAGAGCGCAGUCGACCCUCCCAAGAUGGCGGCCAAAGAGGCCAAGGAGAACGUCAGGCCCGUGACGCUCGUCGCGCCCAAAAUCACAUACCAAGCACCACAGACCCAACUCCACCGGACGGGCAGCCUCGUUCGACCUAGCCCUCCCACGGGCCAGCCGCCCAUCACACAGCACUUCCGACCCGUGUCGACCCGGCCGUACCACACCAUCCCCACCACCGUCACCGCCGUGCCCGUCCCCGUGCCCCGACCGUCAGCCCCGAGAACGACGGACAAAUCGGCCCCGCGGACCGACCGCAACAUCGACAAGGUGAUGCUCGGCAAUAUCUGCUUCCGCGCGUGGUACCCCUCGUACUACGGCAAGGAAGUCCUCGGCGACGCCGCGGGCGCGAAAGGCGGUGCUGGGAGCAAGAACCUGCACCACGACGUGGCCGGCGCGCACAACAGCAACAGCGGGGUCGGCGCCAAAAACACCCACCGAAAGGGCGCCGACGCGCCCAUACUCGACAGGCUGUACGUGUGUCCCGUGUGCUUCAAGUACUCGAAAGAGCUGGUGGCGUGGUGGGGUCACGUCCGCGUGUGCGAGCGUGCGGGGACGGUGCCGGGGAGGAAGGUCUACAUGCACCCGCGCGGGAGGAGGUUGGUGCGCAAAGAGAUUGCGCGGACGACGGGCAAGAAGACCAACGUCGCGCCAAAGUAUACGGAGGAGUACGUGACUGACGAGGGCGAGUGGAGCGUAUGGGAGGUGGAUGGGGAGCAGGACGUGCUCUUUUGCCAAAACCUCUCCCUCUUCGCCAAGCUUUUCCUCGACAACAAAUCCGUCUUCUUCGACGUCCGCGGCUUCAACUACUUCCUCCUCGUCUACACGCCGCCCCCGAAACCCAACAGCCCGGACCCCCCGCCGCGUCCGCACAUCGUCGGCUUCUUCUCCAAGGAGAAGAUGUCGUGGGACAACAACAACCUCGCCUGCAUCCUCGUGUUCCCGCCCUGGCAGCGCAAGGGUCUCGGCGCGCUGCUGAUGGGCGUGUCGUACGAGAUCUCGCGGCGCGAGGGCGUGCUGGGCGGGCCUGAGAAGCCCAUCUCCGAGCUGGGCCGCAAGGGCUACAAGCGGUUCUGGGGCGGCGAAGUGGCGCGGUGGUUGCUGAGUUGUCCGACGAACGGGAGGGGAGGGGCGGCGACGCCGACCCGGCGUUGUUGGUUGACCUCGAGGACUGCAGCCGGGCGACGUGGAUAG